ACCUGUACCUGCAACUCUUUGAUGACCAUGAAGAGACAGAACGCCAGGACUCUCGCGCUCAUCGUCAGCAUCCUCACCUACCUGGUGGUGGGAGCGGCCGUCUUCGAGACCCUGGAGUCGAAGCAGGAGAAGGGUCACAAGCGGAGGCUCGACGCCAGGAAGCACGAGCUCAUGCGCAAGUACAACUUGACCAAAGAGAACUUCGAGGAGCUGGAGCUCGUCGUCCUGCAUCUCAAACCGCACAAGGCGGGGGUCCAGUGGAAAUUCGCCGGGUCUUUUUACUUCGCCAUCACUGUGAUUACCACCAUAGGUUACGGCCAUGCGGCGCCCAGCACCGACUCGGGGAAGGUGUUCUGCAUGUUCUACGCCCUCCUGGGGAUCCCGCUCACCCUGGUCAUGUUCCAGAGCCUGGGCGAGCGGAUCAACACGUUCGUCAGGUACCUGCUGCACCAAGCCAAGAAGUGCCUGGCGAUGCGUCACACCGAGGUCUCCAUGGCGAACAUGGUGACAGUGGGCUUCUUCUCUUGCAUGAGCACGCUGUGCGUUGGGGCCGUGGCGUUCUCCCACUGCGAGGGAUGGAGCUUCCUCAACGCCUUCUACUACUGCUUCAUCACGCUCACCACCAUCGGGUUCGGAGACUACGUGGCUCUGCAGCGGGACGACACGCUGCAGAAAGACCCCCGGUACGUGGCCUUCUGCUUUGUCUACAUCCUGACGGGCCUGACGGUGGUCGGAGCGUUCCUGAACCUGGUGGUGCUUCGCUUCCUGACCAUGAACACCGAGGACGAGCGCAGGGACGCCAAGCAGAGGGCCCUGAUGUCCAGAGGAGAGGUGGCUCGCUUACUGCCGGUCUCAGCCUCGACCUCCUCCACACCUGUAGCAGACGACUCCGCCAAGGCUAAAGAUUUAAAAGGUGUCUACACCGAGGUGCUGCAUUUCCAGACUAUAUGCUCCUGCUUGUGGUACCGCAGCAAGGAGAAGCUGCAGGGCUCCGUACCCACCAUGAUCCCUCAGGAGCUGACGUUCUCCGAUGCCUACAGUAACUGUCCUCACUACAUGGAGACCGGCUCAACAGGCUGCGUCUGCAGUCCUCGACAGUGUUCGAGCAUAAGCUCCAUAACAACGGGCCUACACAUUCUCUCCCCAUUCAGGAUGUUCAAGAGACGCAGCUCCGUCUAGCCUUUCAGCGCAGCACAUUUUAGUACAGCACAGUGCGUCUAUAGUGCCGAGGGGACAACAGAUACUUGGCAGUCCUCGCAACAUAGACAUGUUUGAGAUGUUUGUGGUGCUAUAAUCCCAGUAAACAGUAGGACACACAGAAGGGGAAAAGCAUACAGUACUGUAAACAGCAAAGACUUACUCAAAAAUGUGUUUUAAGAAAUGCAAUAUUUUGACUUGAGGUCUAAUUGUGUAAGAAGUCAUCUGAACACGUUGCAGUGCAUGAGGUUGUGCACAUGUCAAAGGUGAACAGCAGAGCGGCAAUGCAGGUGCUGCUGGGAAAAUGUUCAGGUCGAGUUAACAACGAAAUGGCGAGAUAAAACAGCUCAGCUCUGCGGUAGCUUCCAAUUUACUGUUUUUGUUAAUCAUUCCAGAGGUGCUGAUUUAAGUCAGGGGUUAUUCCUUAAAGUUAUAGUUUUCCUUCGUCGUAUUUGUGACUGAGGCUGCACAAUUUCAGACAACUUUCUGGUUUCUAGUCACCUCAUGUUGCCCUAAAACCUUAUUCAAACAAAUCGUGAUUGUCAGAACUGUACUAAAGCUGACACACACACACACACACACACACACACUGAUAACUCAAUAUGACUCAUUACUUCUGUGUAGCCGCCUCUAUUGUGAUUUUCAGAGCUCUCGACCCAAACUGCUGGAGCGUCAGUCAUAAACUCUGCAGUGUUAUGUAACGUGGAAAUAAAAAAAAAAGAAAAUCACGAUGACAUAUCUCUAACGUAGUAAAAGUGCAUUAACACAAGUAGAUCCUCACCGUCACUGACUGAAACGCACUGAACUGGACUUGUUUAACAACACGACUAAGCUCUUAAAGAAGAUCAUCGGGCUAAAUCAACAACUCUGACGGCUUCAACAAAAACUGUUAUCUUGACGAACGUGGUAUUCACUGCAGGGUCAUUGGUGUUUCUGUUAAUUUCUCCACUCCUGUAGCUGACGGGUGGUUCAGAAGUCAGUUUGGAGCCGGUAGUGGUCUGCUUCAUGGUGUUUCUAUUGUGAUGCUUCCAUCAGUCCUUCAGGAACCAGAGUGCAGUAAAUUCACAACAAUCAUCCAGGUACUUGUGAAGUACACUAUUAAAGGAAUAGUUAAACAUUUUGGAAAAUAUGCGUCUGGAGCUCGGAGGUGAUUAGCUUAGCUUAGAAUAGCAGGUAGCAAGGAAACCAGCUAACCUGGCUCUGACCAAAGGUAAAACUCUACUCGCAUAUUAACAUGCUGCAUAUUGAUUGUUUAAAGGAACAGUGCAACAUUUUGGGAAACAUGCUUAUUUACUUCCUUGUCAGAUGAGAAGAUCAAUACUCUCACGUCUGUAUGCUAAAAUAUGUAGCCUGUGACCUAAAGCAAGUAUCAUAAAGUAAUGUAACUUGAAUACUUAAAUUCCACCCUUAUUUUGUAUGCAUAGCAGAAUAAAGGGAACAAGGUCACAGUACAGUGCAAGUUCUGCCCCCCAGCUGUGAAAAUGCUCUCAUCAUCCAAGGACUCGAAUCAUUUGGCACAUUAGUGUUGCCGGAUUUUAACUCGGCGCAGCAGCAGCACACAUGUAAAUUACAUUGAAUUAUAUUAACCUGCAUGCUAAUUUCCCUGUUUGCGCUGUAUCAUGUUUGCUUGACCAAAAGGUUGAAGCGGUUCAUUCGCUUCCUACGAAUAGUCCUUUCACGCUGGGAUGCCUCUUGGCAAACAAGAACAAUCUGAAUGAACUGGAAAAGUGUGCAAACGAUCCUGCUUUGAGAUAACUCUCAUUGUACUGUACCCUUCUCUGCUUCACACACAAAGUAAUGGCAACAUUCACACGGUUACAAGGCUCAUUUAUUCUCAACAGGGUUGUGCAACGAAAUGCAGUAUGUAGUCCCAUAUUGCUUCAUAAGACAAACACACAAAAACAAAAGUAUAUAUGAGGGAGGGAGGAGGAAUUUAGGAGUCUCAGCCUUCAGAAGCUGCUCUGACGUCUGGUGGUACGGCAGCUGACACUUCUGUAUCUCUUGCCAGACGGCAGCAGGGUGAACAGGCUGUGGCUGGUAUUGUCUUUUCAUAUCCUUUGGGACCCACCCACUCCGUUAAAAACGUUUGAGGCCAUUGUGUGAGACUUGUGGCGUAAAGUGUUGUAAUGUGUCCGCAUUAAUAAGGUAGUGUAUUGUUCGUUCUGUUAAAUGGUAUAUUUAGAAACUUUUAUUCUAUAACUGUUACAGAAUACAGUUACCUUUUUUUGUAUCCUAAUUACAUAACUCCGUAUCCGUUCCUCCUCAAGCCUGACUCUGACUUUCUACGGCAAAUAUCUUAUUAAAUAGUUAGCUGGAGCGAGCCAGUUUGAUUGGACAGAGCCAGGCUAGAUGUUUUCCACCGUUUUCAGUCUUUAUGCUAAGCUAAGCUAACCAGCUGCUGACUCCAGCUUCUUAUUUCGCAUACAGACAUGAGCAUAUCCACCAAAAUGUUUAACUAGUUCUUUAAUUUGUAUUCAAACUGAAUACAGUUGCAGGCAACCAGCAGAGAAGCUGUACUGAAGUGCUGGAUGGAUGAAUAAACUGGUGUUUGUCAAAUGAUAGUGGUUGCACAAAGCUCCCACUUAAACCAGAAAUUAUCCAGCCCAGUGUCAUGGCAGGUCGUGAAAGGGUCACAAAAUGUAAUUCAUUGGUUUUGUGUACGAAUUUUCCGUUUUUCCACUCUGCUCAUUUGAGCUGGAGGACGAUGAUGCGUCACAGAAGUCUUGACUGUCGAACAUAACACAUGAGCUAUUCAGACAAGAAGUGUGCAGAGCUGUACAAAUCACAUCUGGAUCCUUCAGCAGAUGCAAACUACUUAUGGGAGCAGUUUGGAGUGGCAGAUGGCAAGAGGUUUUCUGUGUUUUGACAAUGGUUGACAAACUGGUUGUCAAUCACAGAUAAUUAUGCCACAAUAGACUUUGUCUCUCCGAUUGAUGGAAGAGAAAAAAAAGAUCCACCCUCAAAUACCAAUUGUUGUAUUUCUGGGCCUAUUUUGGUGUCAAGUUGUGAUAUUUGUCAGUAGGCGACAUGACGUGACAUUAUGUUAAGUUUAUUUCUGGCAGGUGCAAAUGAGAUUUCUGACAAUUUUUUGUCAAAAUAUAAACUUUUGUUCCUUUAUUACGAGGAAUUUGAUCAAUUUUAACUACAGUUCAACAAAUUUACGGUGAGAAAUCCAUCAUAGAGGAGCCUUUACCACAAUAAAAGUAGCAGUGCAGCAAUGUGAAAAUACUUUAUUACAAGUAAAGGUCCUGCAUUCGUGUCCUGUGAGUAUUGCAGUACCAUAAAAAUAAGAUUUGCUGUGCAACAGUUGCAAUAAAAAGUGUGAAGAGUGCAACUAUACAAGUCUAAGAUAACAAGGAGGUGCUUACAACUCAUAUACAUCUCAAAGGUCAUAAAUGGGUUGAGUUAGAUGCUUUUUGUUUUACAUUGUUUUUAGAAAUACAUUAUAUUUUUUUGUAUAUUUUAUGCAAGUACUGUAUUAGUUUUAGAACUACAUCAUGUUGCACAAGCACAAACAGGUUUCUUGGAAAAGAUAAUGUUUCAGGUUGCCAGGGGGCAAAGUAGUACUUUAACGUACACAGAGCACUUGACAUAAUUGUAUGAACUUCUUUUGUUUAUCUUAACUCGCUAAGAAAUGUGUGCAGAGUUCAGACUAAUAAUGUGUGUGGCAAGAUAAAUCAUAAACACUACAUCUUAUUCAAAACAAUACUGUACUAUUUUGCUCAAGUAUAGAAAAGAACAUCCAGAGAAAACAUUAAAGACAUGGCUAUUUUAUCCAAAAAUUGUAAUGUUGUUUUACUGGAUGUCCUGAUCACCGGAUAACCACCUUUAAAACAAAUCAUAAUUUACAGAGAAGAUUUGUGAAUUUCUGUAUUCAGUGUAAGUAAAAUAUAAUAUGUAGUCAUGUGAUUUUACCAUCUUCACGCUGUGUAUCCCCCUGUGAUGUGUGAGAAAAGCCUGCUGAAUGUAUAGAAAUAACCGUUUGGUCCAGAUGGUUUCCCCCUCGGAUUUCUGACUGAAGUCCAGUUCCGGACAAACUACAGCAGGUUAGUCACGAGCCGAAAGUAUGGAGGUGUAUCCUUAUGUCAUGGUUUGUGUCAGUAUGUAUAUUUGGUAUAUCACCAUGUGGUACAGCGAGCAGGGGGUGGACAAAAUAGCAGAAACACUUAUGGCAGCAAAUACUGUUAUGGAAAAAGCUGUUAAUAUAUAGUUUCUAAUUAGGACACCAGAACACCUCUAAUAUUGUUUUUUUGUUAAGGUGUUGAUUCAGCAUGGUUAUAUGUUAAUGCUUUAUGUUACGGGUGCAUAAUAUCCAAAUAAUUCCCUAGGAAGUUUCAAUACGUUUUUUGAAAAGAACAAUGUAUUUUGGUUAUAAUCAUAUAAAGAAUAUGGAAAUUGGUUAAUUGUUUUCUACAAUCAAAGUCAACACACAUGAAGAAUAAGAGUUUACCAAAUGAAAUGAAUAUUGUAUGGAGAUCUACUUAAAUUGAGCUGUUAGGUAACAAAAUGUAUAAGUUUUAACUGAUGUCUUCAAUCACCAUUUCUAUGAAGUAAAAAUAGACAUUAGGUGCUUAAAUUGCUGCUAGAUGGAUACUGUAUUGCCUUUGUAAUUGUGUUUCUGCUUUUCUGUCCACCCCUGUAUAACAAGUUGGCUAUGUCUGGCUUUAUUUGCCUUGUAAGUUUUAUUUCUGUCGAGAAUUAUUUCAGGUUUGGAAACCACACAUGCACUUGUUCUUAUGUUUUUGUGUGGAGUCCAGCUGCUAUCUGUUUUGUUCAGUCCAAAAAAAUAAAAUACAUUAUGUAGAGGUUAUGCAUUGUAACAGGGGUUCACAACCAGUUUGGCUUACAAGUACAACCAAACAAUGAUUAGUUUCCCUUGAACACGGAAUCAUUUUAGUGAUCUGAAGAUGUAAAAGUAUCAUUAUCUUUAGGAAAAAUGUGGUAUUUCAGAAAUACAAACACACACCAACCUUGCAACGUAGCCUCCGAUGACGGUUUGUACAUCUUACGACAAGUUAUUCCU